AUGUGCGAGCCAUGCAUCAAAUGGGACAAGCAAUGCGGCGCCCCAACCAAACGCAGGCUUAAUACAAACACUCGCUCCUUCUUAGGACUCAGUACACCAGAAUAUGAUCGACCCACGCCUACCCAAGAGCUCGUGAGAGGGAACGGGCGCCGCAGGUCAACGAACCAAGCGUCUCGCCGUGCCUCCACACCUGCACCUCAGACCACCACACUACCCUCUCGAUCAAGAGCAACCGCAAGAAAGAGCACAGCCGCUACCUCGCAUUCCUAUGAGAGCGAGAUCCUCAAUGAACCGACGGCACCAUAUUCGGACACAUCUUCGUCCGUAGGUCAGCAGCCCGGCCGCAAUGGCCCGAAAGGUGAGACUAGAACAAACAAUCGUCUCUCCCAAGUUCAGUCCAAGCGGAGUGCGCCUGGCAUCAACAGUGUCACACCCGAGCAUGCUGCAGCGCUGCUCAACAGCACACUCAUACGUAGUUCCUCGAGGACGUCCACGCGUAACAACAUCGUAGCCUCGCGUGCCAUUGUACAAGAAGCUACCCCAGACGACUCCGCUGAAGAAGAGGCUGAGCAUACUGCUAUAGACUACGACAUGGUCAAAGUCGAAUCGGCUGGCUCGCAACUGAUCACAGAGAUCAACAAUGCUGCACGGCCUUCGCCUUCUCCAGCGAUUGAAACUGAGAUAGAAGACAUCCAUAUGGUGUACGCGCCCGCCCCAGUUACUGAAAUUUUGGCAGCUGGGCCAACAAGCUCACCACGACGUCAUGCACAAGUAAUUAUCCCGCAAACAACACGUCCACGCCGCAGUCGUGGUAGGCCAUCGUACGUCGAUCUUAUUUCAAGCGAUGGUUCCGAUCAAGAGUCUGAGGACAAUGGAAAACACGAUAACGAAGACUACGAUGAAGACGACGACGAUGUUUGGGAUCCUCUUGAUGCAGACGACGAAAGCGAUGUCGAUGAAGAAGUAGAGUCCAACGCGACGAUUGAGAGCUCAGGAGAUGAAAGUGGGGACGACGAGGAUCUAGAUGCCGUCAUCAUCGAUCCAGAACCCUCGUCUGCACUGCGACGAAGGGCAUUACUUGGCUCAUCAAGGUCACAGUAUAGUUCGGCCCCGAAGCUGGGCAAGGGUAUUGAUUUGAACCUUCCACCGUUAAGCAACAUCCACGACAUCUCUGUCGAUAUGGCAUCCAAAGCCAGGGAGCUAGGUCUUUGCGAUGUGCUGAGAAAGCUAGCAGGAUGUCCAAUUGAUGUCGCUACAAUGUGUUCGGGAACCGAGUCUCCACUUCUUUUCCUGCAACUCUUGUCCGAGGCGCUUGAAGCGGAAGAGCAGCCGCCCUUGAACGUGGAGCACAAUUUCAGUGCUGAGAUAGACGCUACCAAGCAAGCUUAUAUUGAGCGUAAUUUCCACCCGCCGAUACUCUUCAGAGACGUGCGACAGCUUGGCGACGAUGCAGCUACGACUGCAACAACAGCUUACGGCGCAGAAGAACAGAUUCCAGGCGACUUGGACAUUCUCAUUGCUGGUUUUGUAUGCAAAGACUUGUCCUCGUUGAAUAGUCGGAAGAAGACUGUGGACGACCAAGGAGAGACUGGCGAUACCUGGAGGGCGAUAUACUACUACGCUAAGCGAUUCCAACCCAGUAUCGUUCUACUUGAGAACGUCAAAAGCGACAAGAACGUUUGGGAUGACGUGGUUUCUAGAUGGUCGAAGAUUGGAUACGAGGCUGCCUGGGUCUACUGCGACACCAAAAACUACUACCUACCGCAAACUCGGGAGCGGAUGUACAUGAUUGCCAUCAACCGCAAGCUAUACGGCAAAGGUGUUGAAAAGGCAGUCGCUCAGUGGCAGUUGACCAUGGAGAAGCUGCAACGGCAAUGUAGCAGCCCUUACGAAGCGUUCCUCGUGGAUCUGCCAGUCAGCGUGGUCAACCACUCAAUUUUGUCUUCCGAGCCAGAGUGGAGCCUUUGCAAACUGAGGUACGAUCAGAUACGCUCAGAACAGAGACUGGGUAUCCGGCGUCCCAUCACACAAUGGAGUGAAAACGGCACAUUACACCCUCCUGACUUUGCGAACCGGAAAUGGUACAAUUCUCAGUCGUCAAGAGUGUACGAUGCCAUUGAUGUUGCUCACUUACAGGCUGCACAACAGGGUCACGAUUCCAUGCACAAAAUGAAGAUAUGGGACGUAAGCCAGAACGUUGACCGCUUCAAGACGGGUACGGGUUUGAUGCCCUGUAUUACCCCAGGAGGCUGUGGUUUCGCCAGCAAUCGCCAGGAUGCUCUCAACGGCAGUCAGACUUUAGUCUUACAGGGCAUGCCCCUCGACAAGCUCCAUUUUGCGGGCGAGACUCAAAGAGAAUGUCAAGAUCUUGCAGGCAACGCAAUGUCUACAACGGUGAUUGGCGCCUCGCUCAUCUCAGCAAUCAUUCACGGUUACAGGGCAUUUCGAAGUAAAACUUCUCCAGAUGCCUUCGAACCAAACUCGCAGAGAAAGACGUUACAAAACCAACUUGUCCGAGCAAGUACGAUGGCGAGGCAUGAACUUCAGUUUGCAGAUUCUAAAACCCUUGACGUUACACGACUCCUCCAAGAGGCAGGGCUGGCCUCUCGCAUGUGUGCCUGUGAGGGUGAUCAGCAAAUAUCCGAGGUGAUCAUUAAAAUCUGCUCAGAGUGUGGGCACACUGCCUGCGCCAUAUGCGCAUCGAAUCCAAGGCACCACUAUGUUGACAACAUCACAAAAGAAACUCGAAGACAAACACCAAAUGAAUUUGUCAGCUUUUGGAAAGCACGAUUGCCUUCACGUUUGGGGCUGCGAGAAUUCCCGAACCUAGGCACUAUCGUCUCUCAGUUGCAAAGAGCUCACAACAGCAACGAUGCAUAUGUCAGGAGGAUAGCUGAAGUAGAUCUAAGCUCGCGACAGUUCAGUUUGAGUGAGUUCGUACGCAUUGACAAUGGCUGGAGGGUCAUAUACAUCUCCAACGACGCAAGGAUGGAACUCUCGAUUGGAGCGAAAGUACAGUGGCUGCUUUUCGUUCACUGUUCGCCCGAUAUUCCCGGUAACAGUGACUUGCGCAAAGCGCUUGAAACCCCGAUCGCCCGCGCCACGGUCGACAACUCACUUCUGGAUGCUGGAUGGGAACUGUUCGUCCCUUCGCACCAAAGCCACUCCUUGCGGAUUCGCGGAUCUAAUGAGCGAUCCAAAUCUUGGAGAAAUCGACUUGGCCUUCCUGACUAUCAAACAGAGACCGUACCUGCGCAUAUCCACAUCCAAGGUAACACUGAUGAAACAAGUGUUCUUGACGGUGACUAUGAGCAUCUGUCUCAAUGCGGGACUGCCGAAUCAAGUUUGUACAAGAGGUCAGCUGAGCCUGUGCUCUAUCUGUUUCUCGACCCCAACCCUAUUGGCGAGGUGGCGGACGACAGCUUCGUUUUCAGUCGCGAUUGUAGCAGGAAAAAGUAUGGUGAGUCGCGGAUAAUCACCACACGAUUGUCUCCCAUCUGGCGACCAUGGCAGAUCAAUGAUGAAGACGGACAUGCCGUUGAUGCGGUACACGCUGGAUCCUGGGUGUAUAUACCAACAAGGCUGACAGCGUCGACACUUACGCCCACAGUUAGCAUUCUAGCACCCGGAACACCGCUCACUGGCCUUGAACUGGAAUGCACUAAUGCGAUUACUGUAUUGGAUGUACAUAUCCCAGAGCAGCUGCCCACCCAAAAACUCUCCGAGUACUCCUGGGCUUUGGAGCGUGUGAGAACCGCUCCCUCACUGGCAGGCUGGCAAGCAGUUGGCUGCAGAACCUACGGCGAUUGCGUGUGUGCACCAGCCUACCCCAGUCUUCUCUGGAGUGUGGAUAACGCAGGAAAAGCCACCCCUCACGAGGACCGCAAGGCAGCGGCUAUUUUCGAGCGUGGUUUUAAGACCCGAUGCCCUGUGUUCCACAUCCAAGCAACGGCCCGCAAGAACCAGACACACAUUGAGAUUGGCAUCAACAUAUCCUCUCUUAUACAUCGUGCUCGGGGGCGUCUUGCUCGCUCUGGGAACGUCAGUGGCUCUGUGGCUAGCUCGUGGAGACUCUUGACGGACCAUGCUGAAAUCGGACCCUCACGAUUCCCUAGAUUCCAAUUGCGCAGCAACGCGACAGAUCUGCCCUUCUCUGGACGAUUGCGCCUCGAGAACAAGCUGCGGGGAGCUCAACCGCGGUCUCUGACCUGGAUGCGUGCUCAAGAGGCCGGCACAUCGCUGACCAUUACUGAAGUUGAGGAAGCUGUACAUGCCAGUCUUGGAUGGAGGGCAGAGGCACGAGCUGAAACGUCUGUCGAAGUUCGUGGCGGUGUCCUUGCAGAUCUGCCAUCGUUUGGCAAGACUGUUACAACUAUAGCUUUGAUUCAAAGCGAACUCGAAGAGCAUCUACCCGAGGAUAUACUCAAACAGAACCAGUCAGCAGCCAAUCAUCUACCGAAGCUUAUUGACAGCGCUGCUACACUUAUUGUGUGCCCACCACACAUAGCUAUACAGUGGCAGACAGAGCUCGAGCUCUUUCUGGGCGAGGAGCAGUACGCAGAUUUCGAUGUUCGGAUCAUCAGAGAUUUCGCCGAACUUCGGCGCUUGACCAUCGAGGAUCUUCAACAGAGUCGAGUUAUCGUGGUAUCUUGGAGUGUCCUUUCAGAUGACGAGUACAUAUCCGAGCUGGCAUGGGUUACGGGCACGCCUGAACCUGCUAGUUCAAGCUGUCGAGCGUUCGAUGCGUGGAUGGAUGGCAUUAACCAAGAUCUACCUGCUCAAGUCUCCAAACUACAGACUAUGGAUCUGUUAGAGUUCAAGGAAGCCACAGAGGACCGACUUCAGCAACGUCUACAACAGCCGGAAUUUCAGGCAACACUGCCUCUACGAUUGCAACACGGUAGCAAUUACCAGUCAUACGAAGCUAUACAAGCCGCUGCCGCUGGGAAGAAAAAAUAUAAUGCUAAACCGUCCUUGAAGCGGAAACCCUCUAGGUCAGAUGGCAAUGCUGUGCCUUUAUUGCACAUGUUCCGAUUCAACCGAAUUGUUGUCGACGAAUAUCACUACCUCAACGACCAUAAGAAGCUCAAGAACAUGUUCACCGCGGUCAGCGUCCGAAAGAUUGCGGCGCACAAACGCUGGAUCCUCUCAGGGACCCCCGCCUUAGCAAAUUUCACCGACAUCGACAACAUCGCGUCUUUCCUCGGCAUCAGACUGGGAAGGUUUGCAGUAGGAGCUGGCAAACUGACACAAACAGAAGAGUUCCUAGUUGAUGACCAGACUGCCGUGGAGCGGUUCUUGUCCAAGACUGAAGUCAUGUCACGUCAGUGGCAUCAGGCUCGACACGAACGGGCGCAAGAGUUCUUAGACCUUUUCGUCAGACAGAAUGAGGCUUCGCUCGACCAUGUCCCUUGUCACGAGGAACUACGAGCAGUCCAUCUAGAAAUUGCUCAUCACGCCGUGUACCUGGAGCUGUCACAGCAUCUGAUUUCACAGCGAAUGCAAGUUAGGAAGCUCAAGAACAAAGCAGAAUCCGACAGGACCAGCCGGCUAAACGCCAGUCUGAACAAUUCCAAAACUGCCGAAGACGCCCUGCUAAAGGCGGCUCUACUCUACGAGACUAGCAGAGGGGAAUCAGGUCUUGACACGCUCGUGCAGAAAAGAUCAGAGCAACGCCUUGAGACCGAACGCGAGAUCUCACGACUAAUGCGUGCCUUUGAAGGGCAUAAACGUGCUGGCUUCAAGGGGCUCAAGCCUGCCGAUCCGAAGAAGGCGGAGAAGGAGGAGAAUACUGUCCCAAAGCUGUACGCUAGCUUUGCACAGGAUAUCAAGAAGAACAUGUGGCUAGGAGAUGCUGAUGCAACGGCAAAUGCAAGGCGUCUACUGAAGAAAGCGGAGGCGGACCCUGCCCUCGGGGGCUUGAAGGAGCUCAAGGAAGUAUCCUCAGACAAGAAAGUCAAAGAGGCCAAGACAAUCAUGUCGCACCUGCGCGAAUCCUGUAUCGAGCUCGCCUUGCGAACGAGAUCAGAACGCUUCAUCACAACCGUCCAACAACUCCUGCAGCCUCUGUAUGAGAAUACACAGGAAUGCAUACCAUGCGAUGCUCCGCACUGUCGGGCUGAGGCCACAGUCUCGAAGUUGUAUUUGGCCUCACAAUGUGGUCACCUUGCUUGCGAACCCUGCAUUGUAUCGCGUGGAGACGAUGAGAACUGCGUGAUGCCAGGCUGUAGCUGUACGGUCCAGGGUGUCAAUCUGAUCAAAGCCACUGAUCUAGGCACUACCAAAGAGAAGGCAGCCGGACACAGCUACGGUCGUAAGAUGGACGAUAUUGCGAGCCUGGUCAUGGAGCUUCCGAGUGACGAUCAAGGCCUCGUCUUUGCGCCGAACGAUGAGACGAUCGCGAUGUUGGGAGAGGUCCUUGAUCACUACAGCAUCCCAUACUACACACCAGUUGGAUGUAACUCGCGCCAAGCAGCGAAGAUCAUUGAAGAAUUCAAGGUCAGCGGGAGCGAAGAUACCGACGACCGCCCAAAAGUACUCCUACUCAAUCUGACGAGUGAGACUUCCGCAGGAGUCAAUUUAACCAAUGCGAACCACAUCAUCUUCGUCUCGCCUUUGUUAGUCGAGAGCCAGUAUAAAUACGACUCGGCGAUGACCCAGGCCAUUGCCCGUAGCCGACGUUACGGUCAAGAGAAGCAUGUGCACAUAUAUCACUUCGCUGCAUUACGCACCAUCGAUGUUGAUAUCCUCGAGCACCGACACAAACGUACCAACGGCAUCACAGCAGCCGACUCGUCUGCUUGCCUGCCACCAACACCUCUUGCGAGGAAGGAGAAAACAAAGUUGAUUCAGAACAAGGAGGGCUCCAUGGCACUAGUACCAGUACCGUGGUUGAUCGAUGAUGAAGUGCGGAGGAAGAUGCGUGUCGAACAGGAGCCGGAGAAGUUUACGUCACUUAUCAACUUCUCAGAGAUGUUUGAAGAUGGGGAGGAGUGA